UGUCGGUACCUCUGUUUUGCGGUCCCAGUUUCCAGUCGGACACUUGAAGGGACGGCACGCAAACAGCCACGUAGUAAAAGGCUAGGAGCUGCUUUGGGCCGUUUGUUUGCCAGUUCCUGCAAUUGGGGAAGCAGUCCCCAUGCUGCCAUGCAUUGUGUUUGAAGAACACCUUUCCAAUGAGGAUCCAGCGGUACCGUCUUAGUUGGUUGCAGUACAGAAAUGGACGUUAGGAAUUGAUACGCCGUUUAAAUGGAGGUACAGGCCGAUCAAGCCACAGAGGCUGUAGUCUGCACCCUGGAAAGUGAAAAGCAACAAGGGCUUGAUGGCAAUCAAAAUGCAAACAAGGGGAUUCACAAUGGUCCUGUCAGCUCUGAUGUGAGGCCAAAUGGAGAUGAGCUGUCAGUGGGCAUUGGGGCUGCCAAGGGCUCCCAUGUCAACGGGUCGGUGCCUCCGACAGCACUCCCGCAGAGCACGGGCUCCCCAGUCGACUCCCAAGCGCAAGAGGCCGCCGCAGGUGUGACUGCUUAUCCAGCCAUGACGCUUGAACCUGAGCAGGCUGCUGCUGAGGUCACAGUUCACACGAGUGAUGCAUUGCAGUCACUCAGACUCAGUAUGCCUAUGCAGGAGACUGAAUUGUCCAAUCUGAAGCCUUCGUUGGAGAUGGAAAACGAGGAGAGGAUUCGUCUGGAAGCUCGCAGACGCCUGGAAGAGCAACUUAAGCAGUACAGAGUACAAAGACACAAGGAGAGAUCUCAUCGCAGCACUCCAAGAAGCAGACCGUUCAGUACUCUGGAUCCAGAGCUCAUGCUGCAUCCCGAAGGUCUCCCCAGGGCUAAUACAGUCGCUAUGACCAAGGAGUAUUCUUUUCUGAGGACCAGUGUCCCUCGUGGUCCCACUGGGAGUUUGGGAAUUCCUACCACCAAGGAGAAGAAAUCCAGAGCCUCCCGCACAAACAAGAUCCACUCCUUGGCUGACUACAAGUCUUCAGAGAAUGAUGUCGAGGGCGGAGGUGGAGUAAAGACUGCAGACAACGGCGUGAGCUCUGUCCAGUCCACCAUCAACUCUGUAUCCACCCUUUCUGAGGUCAAUGUAAUGUCAGAAACAAGCACAUUGGAGGUAAAAGGACAGGCCAGUGCUUCUCUCCGGGCCGAGGACAAUGUCCCUGAGAUUGAUGGGAGUGAAUUAGGAGCGAGGCCAGGGAAUGAUGGCAAUGACAGCGACAGUUCAACCUACAGCAGCGUGUCCACUAGGGGAAACUAUGCAACACUCUCUGCUGCUAUAGACAGGCAUCAGGGGCCCUACACGGUGGAGGGACGGGAGAUUGCACCAGAGGCCAUGGGUCAAUUUCCUUCCCUGCAAGAAGUAUUGCAGGCAGCUAGUGAUGAGCAGCACCUUCUGGAGUUGGAACAAGAAGGUUCUGCAGAACAACGCAGCCGCAGAGACAGCUUUUCCAGCAGUGUGUCUUUGGAGAGUUCUGUGAUGGGGCAUGAUGAAAUGCUUCAGGUGUUAAAAGAAAAAAUGAGACUGGAGGGUCAACUGGAAUAUUUGUCAUCUGAAGCUAACCAGACUCUCAAGGAGAAGACCGAGCUUCAGGCCCAACUGGCUACAGCCAAUGCUCAAUUGCACGCUCAGGAGACAGAGGCUCACGUUAGCCAGGAAAAGCAGAAUGUCCUUAAUACAGAAGUGGGCACGCUGCGGCAGAACUGCAGCCAGCUCGAGAAGGCGAUGGUGGAGCUCCAGGGCAAUUUGGAGAACAAAAAUGCAGGUCUGGCAUCCUUGAGCAAUGACCUGAAGGUAGCUGAAGACCAGUACAACAGGUUGAUGGGGAAGGUGGAAGAAAUGCAAACAACGCUCAUAUCAAGGGACAGUACAGUGCAGGAAAUGCGACUGCAGAUGGGUGGCCUUCAGAACCAGCUUCAACAGGUGCAGCUGGAGCGCAGCACGCUUCAGAGCCGACUGAAAACCUCCCAGGCAGAGAUCGACUCACUCCAGCAGGUCAGGCAGUGGUACCAGCAGCAGCUGGGCCUGGCAGAAGCUCGAGUGCGAUUGCAAAGUGAAAUGGCAAACAUGCAGGCAGGAAAAAUGACCCAGAAUGGUGUUCUUGAGCAUCUGAAGCUAGAGAAUGUGACUCUGUCCCACCAACUCUCUGAGACCCAACACCGCUCUAUCAAGGAAAAGGAGCGUAUUGCUGUUCAUCUGCAGAGCAUUGAGGCGGACAAUGACCCAGAAGCGGCUUACAAGCAGAUCCAGGAUGCUAAGGUCAUGGUAGAAGAUGAACUGCAGCACAAACUGGAAGAGUUUGAGGAAGAACGAGAGCGCCUAAUAAAACUGGCCAACACAGCCAGCAACUUAGAGAUGGAACUGGAGCAGAUGAAGUUGAACCUUUCUCAGAAGGACAUGCAGCUGCACUCCCUGCAGAAAGAACAUCUGGAGCUGUUGCGCCAGCUGACUACCACUCAGGAGAACUUGCACAAAGAACAGUCAAUCAACCAGCUUGAGGCCCGGUACCUCGAGCUGGAAGGCCGGCUGGCCGAGCUGCAAGCGGAAAGCAAUAUCAAGGACGACAACAUCCAGUACCUACAGAAUGAGAAGAUUGUUCUAGAAGUAGCGCUACAAGCAGCCAGAGCCGACAAGAGCCAACUUGAUGACAGUGCUGAAAGACUAGGAGAGGACGUUCUGGUGGCCUCGGAUGUCUUGGAUCAGCUCAAACAGGAAAUCCAGGUCAAAGCCAAUCAGAUUGAAACACUAAGGCAGGAGAAUAGUUCUCUGAAGAAACACGCUCAAAAAUUGAAGGAACAGUUCACACAACAAAAGGUGAUGGUGGAAGCCUACCGUCGAGAUGCCAGCUCCAAAGAACAAUUAAUCAGCGAGCUCAAGUCUACUAAAAAGCGUCUUCUGGCUGAAGUGCAGGACCUAAAACAGGCAGCGCUGGAUGUUCAGGGGGAGAAGCAGACCGCCGAGCUGGAGCAGGCCCGGCUGCAGAAAGAGGUGCUCAGAGUCCACGAGCACAUGAAUAACAUGGAACUGCAUUUGCAAGACGUUCAGCGAGAACGAGACCAGCUUGAAACGCAGAUCCAGUCUUUACAGUUUGAUCAGCGUCAGCUUAAGGCCGUGACAGAAGAGAAUGAUGUUUUGAGAAAACACGUGGAGAAAAUGGAAGCGGAAGCCAAAAAAGCCAUCUCAGAACAGAAAGUGCGAAUGAAGCGGCUGGGGACAGAUUUGACCAGUGCCCAGAAGGAGGUGAAGGCCAAACACAAGGCCUAUGAGAAUGCUGUGGGAAUACUGAGUCGGAGACUCCAAGAGGCCCUGACUGACAAGGAGGUGACCGAGGCUGAGCUGGUCAAGCUCAAAGCCCAGGUGUCCGAGGAAGGAAACAACCAGGUCCUCCAGGAGAAGAUUGCAGCUCUUCAGGCUGAGCUGCAUGCUGUGACUAGCAGCAAGGCCAUGCUAGAGAAGGAACUCCAGGAAGUCAUUACCCUUACAUCCACAGAGUUAGAGGAGUAUCAGGAGAAGGUCAUGGAGCUGGAAGACGAACUUCAAGAGUCCCGAUGCUUCAAGAAGCGCAUCCGAAAACUAGAAGAUGCCAACAAGAAGCUGGCGCUUGAGUUGGAACAUGAAAAGGGAAAAUUGGCCGGACUGACACAGUCCCACACUGCACUGAGGGAGCAUACCAAUAUUCUAGAAUUUGCUCUAGCAAAGCGAGAGGCUGAUCUUGUACAACUCAACUUGCAGGUUCAAGCUGUUCUUAAACGCAAAGAGGCGGAGGAUCAACAAAUGAAAGAGGUUGUUCAAACUCUACAGCUUGCCUUGGAAAAAGAGAAGACCAAAGUCAAAGAUCUAAAAGAACAGGUAUCGGCAGCAAAAGCUGAAGCAGCCCACAACAGGAGACACUACAGAGCUGCCAUGUUGGAGCUGUCAGAGAUCAAGAAAGACCUGCUGGCCAAAGAGGACUUGGUCAAAGCUCUGCAACAAGAAGCUCAAAAACUACAAUCUCAGGAUGAGAAGCACGCUCAGGAGAUCUCCAGUUUCCAAGAAGAGCUGACCGAGGCUCAUUCCCAGCUGCAGAUCCUUCAGAAACAACUGGACGAAGAGAUGUCAAGGCAGCCCCUCACUAAUCAAGAAGUUGAAGACCUGAAGUGGGAGGUGGAACAGAGGCAGAGGGAGAUUGAGGCUCAGAAGCAGCAGUUGGAGAUGAUGGAGCAGUGUCACCACAGAGAACUCGACAGCCUGCAGACGGCUUUGCAGAACAUCAAGGUUGAGUUGGAGACGGUCCAGGAGGAGCUGAGUGGGACACGGAAGGACAAGUUCAUGCUGCAAGCAAAAGUGGGUGAGCUGAGGAACAGCAUGAAGACCGUCCUGCUACAGAACCAGCAACUCAAGCAGGACCUCAAACAGAACCGCCUGAGGAAGCAACGGAUGGAACUGAAAAGUGAGGGGAACCCAUCCAAUCCUGUGACGCCUGUCAAGAUCCCUGACUGCCCCGUGCCUGCCUCGCUGCUCGACGAGCUGCUAAAACCUUCCGCUUCGGUCAACAAGGAGCCCCUCAAUAACUUGCACAACUGUUUACGGCUGCUCAAGGAGGAGAUGGACAGCCUCCAAAAGCAGAUGGAGGAGCACACAGUCACGGUGCACGAGUCAAUGAGCUCAUGGCCAAAUACGGAGGAAGGACUGGCUCAACUGGGGCUUCAAAGCGAGGACUCUGACGCAUCACGGCCAUCAAACGACACGGCGGCAGAAAAGAAUAAAGUGGAACCGCAGCAGUGAUGAGAGCGAGGCUUUUCUCAGGCUAUGAUGACAGUGGAGUUUUAUCCACAAAGCCAUGUUUAGCCCUUUGUUCCGUUAUCUCCUUUGUUAACAAUUUCUGCCAACAUUUGGCAUUCUCAUUUAUUUUAGAGUCAAACUUUAUAUCACAGCUUUAUUCCCCCCCUCUGUUAUUUGACGGUUGUUUAUAUUUGUUGUCCCAAUUAUUUAUUUAUUAAGAGUUAAAGAAUCACAUCAACGAUUACGGCCAAGAGAACCCUUGAUAACAUACAGCAAUGGUAUGGUUUUACUUUAAAUUCUUAUCAAAUGUUGAAGGAGAUGUAAGUAGACAAAUUGCUAAGAACUGUUCUUCCAUUUAUUUCUGCCUGUCCGUGGCAGAUGUCAUCAUUACUCUAGGAUUUAACUAACAUGUAAGCAGCUGGCGACGGGACAUUAAUGCACGUUUUCCGUAACCAUUUUGUUGCCUUUUUUUUUUAAUAUAAAUCGUUUAUUGUAUCCAUGCAAGAAGAGGUUUCCGACUGGCUCAGUUAUGUAUUGGGUUUAUUUGGUUGUCUAGCAUGGACUGCAGGUGUUUGUUGGCGGGGAAAGCCUUAAGCAACUUUUAUCAUACUGUACGGGUCUCCGGUUGAAUGAGCAUACCAAUUUGUGCGAGCUGUAAAAUAUAUUGUGGGACAAACGUGCAUGAGAACUGACAACUCCCCAGUUGAUCAACACAAGCGCAAAUAACCCGAUGCAAAAUUGUUACUACUUACAAACAUCUAUUUUCAUUUGUUAAGUGUGGUUUAUGGUGAUGAAAAAUGACUACUUCUGUCAGCAAAUUCUAAAGGUGUUCUCUCUAGUUUAAUGAAGGCUACUGGGAUAAGUUGAUCAUUUCCAGAAGUUAAUAUAUAUACAUUUUCUUAUAUCAGUAAAUGAAUCAUUAAUGGUGUAAAGAGCUGUCAAAUGUAUUGUUAUUUCUGACGGUUGUUACAGAGCCUAUAACAGCUUGCACAGCUAAUAUCAAAGGGAAUUUAAAAAUCUGUACAUCAACUAUGCUCAUCUGCGUUCCGAAGUGGAAACUUUGCAUUGACAUGUUUCCUUUUUUUUUUUUUUUUCUUAUGAUUAAAAUUGACUGAUGUUAAAAUAUC